CGCGGUCGAGACACCGCGGUCACUAUCGCAUUUCCCGCGUGAAAAUCGCUUUCCCCGCGGUCGCAGCUCAUACCUAGCACGUGAACGCAGUGUCCCGUCGACCGCUCGCGUGAUACGCCGCAUACACAACCCGCUCAUCCCACGGGGCCAAGCGAUCCCGGCGCCCGCCCGGACGACACUGCGCUUGAUCUAACUCGCGCGCGCAUGGACGUUCCAAUUUCAAAAUUCAAACUUUUUUUUCAAUUAUUCAGCGGGUAACGGGUCAUCGAUUUGUAAUUACGGCGGGUAUCUUAUUUACCGAAGAGGUGGAGGCGAUGAGGUCGAAAGCAGUCGCGAGGCGGCUUCAAUCACAAGGAGGUGAAAGAAAUGGCGACCCGACAGCAAAUAACGACGAAAACGCUGCGGCAGAUAGCCAGGAGUCGGGCAGUCCUCCACCAAGCCCGACGGACUCCACAGCAUCAGACCCCGCGCCCACCCUAGUCCACAUCAAGCAGGAGGCCAUGGCCCCUGGCACUGAUAUGAAAGAGUACUACAACGCUUUGGACUUUGGCCUGAACGACACAUAUCUCUCGAGCUACGACUACACACGCAACUAUUUACAAAGACCUUUAGAUCUACCGAAUCAAAGGUUCCUAGAGUCCAAAAGUCCAGAUAGAAACGAAGAUUUUAAUGACGAGAAUGAGAAGUCGGAAUUGAAUUUGCCGAGUGAGUUGAUGCUCAAGUCUGGUGGUGUAUUCUCCAGAGGCAAUAUCCCUUGUGGAACUAAGUAUGGACCAUUCAACGGCAAAUGGGUCGCGCAGCCUUUAGAUAGAAGAUACGCGUGGGCGGUCGUCGGCAAGAAUGGAGUCCGGGGCUGGUUGGACGGCAGCGUAGACAAGUUCAACUGGAUGAAGUUCGUCAACUCUACCAACUACCCGCACGAUGUCAACUUACAGCAUUUACUGCACGCUGGCCAAGUGUAUUACAAGGUGACGCGAGAUAUUGCCUCGGGGCAGGAGUUAUUGCUCGGCCCACGAACACCGCUGCCUCUACAAGAUGUCUUUACUCCUCCAGGUCGUGAAGUUUCCAGCGUCAACUCAUCUAGCUCACAGCCUUUGAUUGAAGACGAGGAACGAGAGGAAACUGAACCACGUUGCUCCUUUUGUGACGCGCCUUAUCCUAAUAUUGAUGCACUUGACCGUCAUUUGGUCCAAGCUCACGCGCAGCCUGCAUCGGCGUUUCACUGCGAGCUGUGUAACCGAGCUUACAGCACCCGCGCGCUGUUGUUACGACACCGCGCCCUCACGCACACCGACAUAAGAAAAUACCCCUGCGAAAAUUGUCCGAAGGUAUUUACCGAUCCUUCCAACCUCCAGCGCCACAUCCGCGCGCAGCACGUCGGUGCGCGCAGCCACGCGUGCCCCGAGUGCGGCAAGACCUUCGCGACCUCCUCCGGCCUCAAGCAGCACACGCACAUCCACUCCAGUGUCAAGCCCUUCCAGUGCAAGGUGUGCUUUAAAGCUUACACUCAGUUUUCAAAUUUGUGCCGCCACAAGCGAAUGCAUGUCGCAUGCAGAGCUUUGGUAGAGUGUGGAAAAUGCGGACAAUCAUUUACUUCCUACGCAUCUCUCACUAAGCAUAAAAGAUUUUGUGAUACAGCGACCGCAGCAAACGUUAACCUGCGAGGACAAUUGCCGCAAGGACUAUCACAAAUACCAUCUUUACCCAACGUCAUGAAUAAUCCAAACAAUACCAACCCAUUCCCGAUGUACAGAGGACCGGCGUUGCCUUUACCGUAUAACACAUUUGCUCACUAUCCGGCAUUAUUUUCUGCUGCUGCAGCUGCUUGUCCCCCAGAAUUCUUAAGUCCUCUCCUUUUCAAUGUUCAAGGAGCAAGACUGGCCAUGGAACAUGACAUGGCUAUGAAUGCUAAUUUUGCAAAACAGGAAGGACGAAUGUCAGUAAAAAGCAUGGACAGCUCGACCUCACUCGAGGACAUGAAGAAAAAUAUGGACGUUGAUAUUAAGAUAAAAAAGAGAGAUACUGAUGACGAAAGGGUGACUACACCACAGAAUAUUUAUGUAAAACAAUCACCACCUUCCGCCGAAGAAGCCUCUUCUAAGCAACGACCAUCACCAGUCAUGCCGAUGUCGACAUCAAUCGCACCUUUUAGAUUUUCGAGGGAUGAAAUGAAACAUAACUCUCCGUUUAAUUUGUCAACGAAACAUGAAGUGGGAACCAAAUCUGUUUCACCGAGGCUACCUAAAGAUUUAACGAAAGCUAUGAAAGGGGACAACGGCAAAAAAGCUGGAUAUUCAGAUGUCGAAGAAGAAUCACGGAAGGAGCAAAAUGACCAACCACUAGAUUUAUCAGUUACACGGAAGCAAAACGAUAAAGAAUCAGACAUGGAGAAUGAGGAUAAUGUCUCCAUUCACAAUUUAUCAGUGAAAUCUUACUCACCUUCUGAAAGCCCAGUAGAUAGAGAAAGUAAAACUCCCGAAAACGAUACUACAGACGUUGACGUCGAAGCAGUGGAACCAAAAAGGGAAGACUCUCCUAUGGCAUCACCUGCGCUAGCAUUUCCGAUGCCAGUGCAUCCUCAGCACAACAACAGCCUUAUCGACGCAAUGUACCGCCCACGCUUCCCACAGUUUCACGCACCUUCCGAUUCCCUUUUGAGCGCUUCGCAUUCCCCUUACGUACCCAGCCCGUUUAAUUUUUUAUCCCCACUUCUCGGCACUGAUGGGCCAGAUAGACAACCGAGUGCGUAUGCCAAGUUUCGAGAUCUGAGCGCUGGUUCGGGAAAACUUCGAGAUCGUUACGCGUGUAAGUUCUGCGGAAAGGUAUUCCCGCGGAGUGCAAACUUGACCCGACAUCUCCGUACUCAUACAGGAGAACAACCUUACAAAUGCAAGUACUGCGAGCGCUCGUUCUCGAUAUCUUCGAACUUGCAGCGCCACGUGCGAAACAUACAUAACAAGGAGCGGCCGUUUCGCUGUCCCUUGUGCGACAGGUGCUUUGGACAGCAGACGAAUCUUGACCGGCAUUUGAAGAAGCACGAGGCUGAAGGCGGGGAUUCCCCUAGUUCAGCCGACACUGAACAGGACGCGUGUUUCGAUGAUAUUCGAUCGUUCAUGGGCAAAGUGACUUGUUCUCCUGGAGCGGGUUCACCGUCUGGUACCUCUCCUCACGCGCCACACGCACCGCAUCGUCCCUCAGCCUUGGCGAUAUCCACAUAGCCCUCGCCCUUUCAGCUGCCGCCACCUCCACCUCUUUGGCCCCAGCCUUUCCAAUGAGUGAUACAGAAAAUGGGUUCAUUAAAUGACUUUUAAGUACGUAACGGUGACGUUUCCCAGAUAGCAAUAGAUAACCUUAGAAUUAAUCUUCCUUUCUUUAAGUCCUAAAUAUAAUAUAGCCCAGUGAAUAUUUCAUUAGUGGUCAUGACAAUUGUAAAACUGCUAGUUCUGUAAAUUAAAUAGGUUAGCGAUUUAAUGCGUUCCUAGUUAUAAUUGUGAUCGAUGAAGAUUUCGCUAUUUGUGAAAUUCUACAUGUAGGUAGGGAAUUGUAAAAAUAAAUGAAUUAGUUGUAACCUUUUGAAUGAAUUGGUUCGUUCACACUUUAGGUGCAUUUUGUAAAAUAUUGUUACAUUGUAUUGGCGAAAAUUAAAUUAAGAGAUAAUUUUUGUAACGAUCUCUUGUUAGUCAAAAAACUACCAAAGCAAUUUUUUAAUAUAUUUGAGAGUCGGGUUAAAUUGGGAUAAAAAUUAAUAUAAAUUUGGCACUUUAAAGUCGUUAUAUUAUUAAAAAAACUUGCAUGACAGAUGCGUAUUCAACUAUUUUGUUAAAUUUGUUAUUUUAACGUUAUUGUAAAUAAAUAAUUUGAAUACUUCGAGCAUAUCAUCCAUAGAGUCGAAAAUCCUCUAGGAUAUCUAUUAUAAAUUUUUCAUAAAAUUAUAUUAUUAAACUUUUAAUAAGUCCAGUGUUUAAAAUAAGGUUAAGAAGAGGAUUCACAUUGAUUUUAUCAAGUUUUUCUGUCACAUCAAGGAGUUCAACACAAUUUUAGAUCUGGCAGAUAAUAAUAAUAAAUUAUUCUGCUCGUUAUAGAAACAUUUUAAUCUUUUUUGCAUUUCAAGUGGGAAUUUUAAAAAGCUUCGAAUAUUUCC